UAACCGACUGAGCCACACAGGCGCCCCUCAAGAGUGAUUUUAAAAAUAAUCUCAAGAAGUGGUAAAGUGAAUUUUCCUCUACAACUUUAAACAGAGCUUAAAGAUUUAUAUCACCUUGGUAGCUUGCCUAUCCAUUAAGACAUCAAGAAAAACAAUGCAUAUCACAUCCUAUAGUUGUCAUUUUUUCCUUUCUUCUUUUAAAAAUAAAAGCAGUCUUCCAUAUACAAAAUAAGUUAUUGUUCCUUAGGCACUUAUCCUAUGACAGGGUAGCUAAAGCAUUAGGUCAAAAUUGCCACAGUCCUGUCAAGUAGAAAUUAUGAUUUCCAUUUACAAAUCAGGAGCAUUUUAGUAGGUUGCCUGAGGGCACACAACUAGGAAGUGGCUCAGCCAAAACAUGGAGCCAGGUCUUUGUUUUUACAGAACCUUUGCUUUGUCUGCACAAGCAGCACAUUACAAUUAGGACACUCAAAGAGAGGCAGAGUCCCUUUAUUUCUGCAAUUGAACAGGUUCAAUCCUACUUAAGGUAACAGAGAGCAUCAUUCUGUGUGAGGGAAGCAUGGGAAAAUCCAGGGGAAUUUCCUUGAAGACUCUCAGACUAGAGAUGGAGCUGCAUCCGACAUCCUGGAUCACAUUGAACCUGAACCCAACUCAUCUCGUGAAAAAAUCACAGUAAAGAAGUUUAUGAAAUUUCUUUUGUUCUUGUAGUUGUUUCAGUGGGGAAAAUGGUGAAGAUGUUCAGUUUCAUCCUUGUCACCACCAUUCUGGUAAUGGGCAGGGAAAGCUGGGCUCUUGAGAACUGUCUCCAGGAGCAGGCACGGCUCAGAGCCCAGGUGCACUUGCUUGAGACGCGGGUCAAACAGCAACAGGUCAAGAUCACACAGCUUUUGCAUGAGAAGGAAAUCCAGUUCCUUGAUAAAGGAGAGGAGAAUAAUGUCAUUGACCUUGGAGGCAAGAGGCAAUAUGCAGACUGUUCAGAGAUUUUUAAUGAUGGGCAUAAGCGCAGUGGAUUUUACAAAAUCAAACCUCUCCGGAGCCCAACAAUAUUCUCCGUUUACUGUGACAUGUCUGAUGGAGGAGGAUGGACUGUAAUUCAGAGACGAUCUGAUGGCAGUGAGAACUUUAACAGAGGCUGGAAUGACUAUGAAAAUGGCUUUGGAAAUUUUGUUCGGGAAAAUGGUGACUAUUGGCUGGGGAAUAAAAAUCUCCACUUACUGACCACACAAGGAGACUACACUUUAAAAAUCGACCUUGCAGAUUUUGAAAAAAAUAGCCGAUACGCACAAUAUAAACUUUUCAGAGUUGGAGAUGAAAAGAAUUCCUAUGAGCUGAAUAUCGGGGAAUAUUCUGGAACAGCUGGAGACUCCCUUGCAGGGAAUCUUCAUCCUGAGGUGCAAUGGUGGGGUAGUCACCAAAGAAUGAAAUUCAGCACAUGGGACAGAGAUAAUGACAACUAUGAAGGAAACUGUGCAGAAGAAGAUCAGUCUGGCUGGUGGUUUAACAGGUGUCACUCCGCAAACCUGAAUGGCUUAUACUACCUGGGUCCCUACAAGGCUAAAACGGACAAUGGGAUUGUCUGGCAUACCUGGCAUGGAUGGUGGUACUCGCUGCAAUCUGUGGUUAUGAAAAUUAGGCCAAAUGAUUUUAUUCCAAAUAUUGUUUAAUUUUUCCCUGGUGGGCUUUCGUUCUGUAAUUCAUCUAGGUUUAACAUGAUUUGAAAAAUAGCUCUUCUGCACAUACACGUGCUUAUAGAUGGUAAUUGUAAUGUGUACUACUUUUCAUUCCUACUUACCUUGAUUACGUAAUGAACUGUCAGUGCAGCAAAUAUGUGUAUUCUUCAAAUAAAUAUAGAUU